AUGAUCAAUUUCUCUCUCCUCUACAGUAAUGGAGAUCAAGAAGAGGAGAUGGAAGAAGAAGAAGAAGAAGUUAUUGGAAACAGAUCAAUGGAACAAACUAAAAACUGCAGAUCACAAUCUAACAAGAUUUGUUCUAGAGGCCAUUGGAGACCUAAUGAGGAUUCCAAACUUCGAGAACUUGUCUCCUUUUACGGCCCUCAAAACUGGAAUCUCAUUGCUCAAAAUUUACAAGCACGGUCGGGGAAGAGUUGUAGACUAAGAUGGUUUAAUCAGUUAGAUCCAAGGAUUAAUAAGCGUGCUUUUAGUGAUGAAGAAGAAGAAAGACUGAUGGCUGCACACAGGAUGUAUGGAAACAAAUGGGCGAUGAUAGCUAGGCUUUUUCCUGGAAGGACAGAUAAUGCAGUUAAGAACCAUUGGCAUGUUUUGAUAGCUAGAAAGUACAGAGACCAAGCUGUCGUUGCUCAUAGGAUCAAAAGGACAAAGGAUCGUCAAAUUAUCCCACAACCAUUUUCUGAUCAUCCAUCUGAUCAUAUCAUGACCACUCUUCAUUCUUCUUCUUCUUCAGGUUUUAGCAGGGAUGAGAUUGAAAAUCAUGACACGUAUCAUCAUCUUCAUAGUCAGCAGCAGCAUCAACAUCAGUACAACUAUUCUUCAGUGAACCAGAUGGGAUGGAAUGACUAUAAUGCCCUUACCGGUUUCUCAGAGAAGACAGUACUACCACCGGUGACUAGUUCUGUUUCAAAAAUGGAAGAAGAAAACCUUCAGACCAGAGACUGUCCAACAUUUAUAGACUUUCUUGGAGUUGGAGCUACUUAA